AUGAAUCUAUGCGACACCUACAAAAUUAUACUGCUAUUCAUAUUAAUUGGAUAUGUGAAAUGUGCAGAUAAACCUGGAGAUCAAUCAAAUAACGAGAAUAAUAGUUCAGAAUCAUAUAGUGAUACUGAAAGUGAUGAAGAAGAUAAUUUUGAUGUAACUGAAACUACUGGGCAAACUCAGGCACAUCCACCGGAAGAAAAAAAAGAAACUAAACCUGUUAAACCAGAAAGUAUAUGUAAUUCACUAAUUUUUAUGAAGAAAAAUGAAGAAGGUAUUAUUGUCCCCAUGGAUGAAGGAGAGUAUAAACAAAUAUUUGAGGAUCCAUAUAAAAAAAAAUAUUUAUUUCAAAAAAAUCUUGAAAUGAUACUUUGUGAUUAUAAAGUUAUUUAUGAACAAAUACCGGGAAAACCUUAUACCUCAUCUUUAACACAUUUUAAAAAUGAAAACACGUUUAUAAUUCGACGUGAGGGUGAAUUUAUAUUUAUUAUCUGCCAAAGAAAAAAAUGGGUAAUAUUCUCACGCAAACGUUCCGGGUUUAUCAAACUUUACAGCCAAAAUUCUAAAGGUAAUUACGAUGAGCUGGGCGAUGAUUCCUAUCAAGUUAGGCUUAGUAGAAAUGGAACAUUAAGGUAUGAAUUUAACGAGAAUGUUAAGUGUACAAAAAUUAUGGCUAAACAAACAGUAGUUUGGGAGAAAAAAGCUGAUGACCCCUGUCCAUUGCAGGUUAACAUUAAUUUAAAAGGUGAUAUUGUUCUUUAUUAUAGUAAAUAUUAUAUUAUAUUUACUAAAAACAAUAAAAAUCCUAAGUAUUUAUACAAAAAACCAAGAAAAAAAAGGCGUAAAAUUAGACGACAUAACAAAUAAACAUCCAU